AUGAACCAAGAGCAGCUUUUCUCCCUGCUGCAGAGCUUUGCGUCGCUGGUACCUACGAAAGAUAUUGGGUGGCCAACGUCUGCAUCGGCGGAUGAAAUACAAGAAUUCUUGAUCCAACGCUUUAUCUCUUCUGCGCAUUUCCAAUCUUAUACUCCCGCUGAAAAUUACCAGAAAUCUUUCUGGAAAUGGGUUAUCACGAAUCUCGAAGAACAAGACGAAGAAGUCAACGAAGAGAUAUAUUUGCAUUACUUAUCGCUGCUGGAUAGAGAAUCGACAUCUGUCUCCGCCUCAAUCCAGCCUCCGUCGCCAUCUUAUAUUACCUACAUUUGGAGAGAUGAUUCUCAAGGAACGGAUAGACAUCCAUCGGGAUCGGUGCUUGAUAGCUGCCGUAGCUGCACACUGUUUGAAUCUCGAACUACCGUUGAAAGUGGAACAACUGGCCUAAGGACAUGGACAGCGAGCUUCGUCCUUGCCGAUUACUUAGUUUCGAAUUGGAGUGUGUUAAAGUCAUCGCGUAUAUUUGAGCUUGGAUCUGGCGCUGGCUUCCUGGGCAUUAUAAUAGCUCAAUUGCAAAAGGAAGAUCUUAAACAACCAGACCAUGGCGUUCAGGCGUACUUGUGUCUAAGCGAUUUGAAUGAAAAUGUCCUCGCUCGCUGUGAACAGAAUGUUAGACUACCUUGCAAUGGCGUGUCAUCUCACCCGGGAUUACAUUUCAAAGCGCUGGACUGGUCUGACGCUUUGGAUAAAUCUCGUAGGACCGAUUUGUCCGCACUACUUGUGGAGGUAAAUGCAGACUUGAUUCUCGGCGCAGACGUGGUGUAUGACGUCACUAUCAUACCCUCACUAGUAGCGACGUUGCAUUUAGCUCUGACUUGGAUUUCACUAGAAGGAGAGCCAUCAUCGCAGCGACACUUCGAAACGAAAAUACACUCAGCUCGUUUACGGAUGAAGUACGAGAAGCGAAGCUUUGUAUAGAAGAGAUAGAUAUCCGUCAGGAUGGAUUGUCAACUUGUUUCCUACGUAAU